AUGACUUCAUUCGUACUAUCAACCGACCAAAAACAGGUCAAACACGAAGCGCGUCUCUUCGCCCAAGAUGUCCUCAGCGAAGCAGUAGCAAUCUACUCCAAAUAUUCCACGCAGGCGGAGCGUUUCCGUUCCAUUCGCCCGCUAUACCGCAAAGCUGUUGCCACGGGUCAAAUUCGAGCUCAGAUUCCAGCUCCUCUAGGUGGUACAAGCAAGGAUUUGAUCGAUGCUGCAUUGGCUCUGGAAGAACAGUACCCCGUUGAUCCCAGUGUUUCGUUGACCAUUGCCGCCACGGGGUUGGGGAUGACACCUUUGAUUUUGGGAGGGAACCCGAACCUUUUUGAAAAGUUCUUGUCGCCAUUUUUGAAGGGUGAUGGUGAGCCCUUGGCUAGUCUUGUGCAUUCCGAGCCUAAUGGGACGGCGAACUGGUUGGAAAAAGGUGGGAUGGGUUUACAGACAACGGCUUAUUGUCAAGAAGAUGGGUCAUGGAUCAUUAACGGUGAAAAGCUAUGGACUACAAACAGUGGAGGUUGGGAUGGAAAAGGUGCCGACCUUCAAUGCGUCGUGUGCCGUUACUGUACGGAUAAUCAAUUACUUCCCUCUGAUACUCCGGCAUCAGCAGUCGUUGUCUUGCUUGUCACUCGUGAGACUAUCGCGGCAAAUGAUGCCUCGGCCUACCAAGUACUCGCAGAGCCCGAACUUGUCGGCCAUCCAGCAGUCUCUGGCCCUCAUACACGUUACACAAAUUUCAAAACACCUGGAGAAAACCUCUUAGCCGGCCCCGAAGCUGGUGCUGCUCUUAUUGAAAACUCCUUUGGUAUGUCCGCUGCUUUGGUUGGCGCCAUGGGUGUGGGUAUUAUGCAGACUGUAUUCGAAAAGGCUCUACACUUCUCCAAGACCGAUACUCGCGGUGGCAGUGUGCCUAUUGUACAGCAUCAGAGUGUUGCAGACUUGCUCAUUGAUAUAAAGAUGAAGCUGGAUGCGUCACGUUUACUGACAUAUAGAGCUUUGGAUUAUGUGCAGGAUGAGAAUGUAGAUGCAAAGACUGCGUUGGAGGCCUGCCUACAGGCGAAAAUCUUCGGAUCGGAUAAUGCGGUCGAUUGUGCGACGACUGCGAUGAAGAUUAUCGGAAUCACCUCGUAUGCUAAAGAUAAGGGCUUUGGGGAAAUACUGAAUGAUGCUAUUUGUCUAAGUCUUUUUGAUGGAGGCAACGUGGGUGUGAGACGACGACAACUUCAACGGCUACUUGAAGAGGGAGAUUAUGAGUCCCGUUUGAGCUCAUAA